GCCCACUGCUGUUUCCAGAGCAACAGUAUACAGCCAACAUGUCUGGAAGAGAGAGAUCACGAGAGAGCGGCAGAGUCCCUGAAAACUCAGAGAAUAUAAAGAGAGGAGAAGAAGCAGAUAAAGAUGAUAACGUUACUCGGAUCAGUGAAAUUAAGAUAUCUUUUCCUCAGUGGGAAGCUCUGAAGCAUGACCAAAUAAAUAUCCUCCUCAACCUGCCUGUGCACCAAGUGCAGUUACAGUUUGAGGAUAUACUGAACUUCAAAAAGCACCAAACAUGUUUGAAAGAAGCUGCAUUGUUGGAAUAUUUUGUCAAUGGAUUUUGGUGGGCCAAAGAGAUGAACUUCACUUCUCAGCAAAUCUCAUUUAUCAUGGCACUUUUGCAGCAACUACUCGACAACAUAAAAAACAAACAGGCAUCAUUUGCUGAUAAUUUCAAGGCAUUUACCCAAACAGUGCUUGCCACAAGAAAGUCCCCAUCAACAGAAGCUAAAGCCAGUUUUUUGUUCAACACAGAUCAAAUCAAAGCUAUCACAGAUUACUUCAAGACCAGUCUUUUCCAGCACUACCGACUAUAUGAAUUACUGUUCAAUCAUAGAAGAGAGGAGCAACUCCUGAAAAUAGAGAAAUGCAUUGAGUUGAUGCCAGCUGACUUUGCCUCCCCGCUGGAAGAGGGCAUGCCCGUUGAUCUGUACUUCCAUUAUGUGGCUCCCCCACGUGUCCAAACACCUGAAAAGUGCACGGAGGAAUCUCAGGAGGAGAAUAUGGAAGAACCUGGAAAAGCUGAGCUAGAAGAAAGUCCAGAGGAUCACAUGGGCUUCAGUGUGGAAGAUGUUCGAGAGGUGUUGAGGGAAAUGACCCAGGAGAUGUUAGCAAAACUGCAGGGCGACUUCACAGAGAAACUGCGAGUUCAUGAGGAGACCUACAUCUCGAGGUUAGAACGACUUCAAAAAGGGUCUUCCAAAUAGCACUGAUGAGAUGCCAAGAGGAUUUCCCACCAGUAUUUAUUAAUUCAAGUCCUAAAAUAAAACAGAAUAUGGCACUCGCGGUUUAUACAGCCAAAUUCUCUUAAUUUACUGUAAAAUUUAUUCACUUAGGUUUCACUUUUGUCAAGCAAAAUUGCUUCAUCAGUUUGUACGAGGUUGAUAAUAGAUUAAAUAAAUGACUUUCUGGUGA